ACUCAAACCACCAUGUCCACCGCAGAGUCGCCAGAGUAUCUCGUCUCCGAAGCCCAGCUUGAACUCACAGAAGCUCGACGACAAAAAGCAGAGCGAACUAAAGACAUCGGCGAGCCAAUUCAACUCGCGGGCAAGGCACUUGCGUUGCAGGUCUAUAAGGGGUACGGAUGGCUUGCAGAAAACACCACUGUCGCCCGCAAAAUGGACUUAGAGACGGGAAAGACGCUCCAAAUUUACAAAGGACAUACGGGCCCAGCCACAUCGCUGGCAUUCUAUGAGAAGGAGUCGAAAGAUUAUUUGCUGACCGGCUCUUGGGAUAAGACGAUCAAAGUCUGGGACACCACAACUAAGGCCAUGGUAUCAUCAACCGAUGCGCAUUCCGAUUUCGUCAAAUGUCUCUGUGUCGUCCAGUCCCUCCACCUGUUAAUUUCUGGGAGCUCGGACAAAAUUGUGCGAUUUUGGGACUUAUCCAAAGUGGAAGCCGACACCCCAUUAACGAGCUUGGGCUCGAUUUCCUCUCACACUCGUCCCAUCGCUUGCAUCGAAGGAGUUGCACUUUCGGCGUCGACUGGGCUUCUAUAUACGGCUGACACCAUGGGCAUCAUCAGAAUAUGGGACCUCGUCAAGGAAGGCAACACUGAGCCGCGGUGGAAAGCGACGUUGAAGACGGAAUUGCAGCAUCAUCGGACCGGAAUAACCGACCUGCAACUCUCUGGCGACCGACUCUGGACAGCCUCUACUGACGAAACGGCACAACUUACUGUUGGCUCCAAGACAGCAUGCUCUAUCACGCAUCCUCUUGCUGUCCGUUGUCUUGUUUCGCUGAGUGAGCUGGACGAGCCAUAUAUUAUCACUGGCUCUGGCGAUGUUAUUCGUGUCUACGAUGUCUCCGACUUGGACAAACCCGAGCUUUUGAACGAGAUCGACGCACAUUGGCAUGACGUAACGGUGUUACAACUUUGGGCAAGAGCAACUGGGGGUGAGCCUUGGCUUAUAAGUACAAGCUUAGACGGAACUAUUCGCAAGUGGAGGGUUGCAGAUCUUCUCAAACCGCGACCUCCGGUCCCACCUCCCGAGGUCAAAAGCACCAAAGCCGAGUUGGAGUUUUCAAUGACAGAAGACGAGGAGCGGGAGCUGGCAGAGUUAAUGGACGAUUAG